AUGGUGACAUCAUUUGCUCUCCUUUGUCUACCAGUUGGUAUAAUUGAAUCCCUGGCAGGAAUUCUAGGAGAUGGAAUUAUCUUGGCUGCCAUUUCAACAAGCUGCAUUGGGAGCAAAACAUGGCCCCCAUAUGACAUGAUUGUGAUCUCACUGAGUUCAUCUAGAUUCAUUUUGCAGUCAGGGACUACACUGGAUUUCUUAAUAAGUCUAUCUUAUGAACCCUUUGUUUAUAAAGAAAAUGUGUUCGUAGUUUCCAAGACAAUUUUUACAUUUCUGAGCUACUGCAGCCUCUGGUUUGGAGCCUGGCUUAGUGUCUUCUAUUGUAUCAAGGUUGCCAGCUUUACACAGUCUUUCUUCAUCUGGCUGAAGCUAAGAAUUGCCAGGCUGGUGCCCUGGAUGCUGCUCAUAUCAUGGCUCUCCUCCUUCAUAACUGCAAUUUCCUUUGCCUGGGACGUCUACAGUGUGCAUGAGAACAUCACUGCUCCUUCAUCCAUGACAAAUUCUUCAUCAGUGAGAACCACAGGGGAUGACAGUUUGACUUUAUUGAUUUAUCUCUGGAAUACAAGUACAGCUUUGCCUUUAAUACUGUCUGUUGUUUCCAGUGUUCUGCUGAUUCGGUCUCUGUGGAUACACACCAGACGGAUGCAAAGUAAUGCAAGUGGCUUCAGGGAUCCCAGCUUAGAGACCCACAGGAAAGUCAUCAAGUCAGUCUGUUCCUUCUUUAUAUUCUACAUUACAUAUUUUAUUUGUUUGCUUCUCCUCUACUCCAGAGUUUUUUCACCUUUAAGUGAUAAGGAAUCCAUGUGUAGAGUUAUAUUGGCUGCCUGUCCUACAGGACACACAAUGGUUUUAAUUUGGAGCUAUCCCAAAUUUCAAGAGCUGCCAGCUAGGAUGUGGCACCACACUAAAUGUCCUGUCAGAACUAUAUCAAUGUAA